UGGAGGAAACACCUGGAGGAGGUGGCCUGGCCAGGCAAGGGAUUGCUCAUGAACGCACCAAAGCGUUCAUGGUGGCUCACUUCUUUACUUUGCAGUCUGCAGAUCUGCGGUGUUUUUAUCUUCAAAUAUUUAGAGAGACAUUUUUUCUGUUGUUGUUACUCAUACCUGCAGUGAGAGUGGAUAAAGAGAUUUUUUUUUAGAAUAAAAAGUAGGAUGGCUAUUUUGGUUGAGAAAACUCAAUAGACAUCAAUUCUCACCAUGUCUGUGGAGUCUACGGGACACCUCCUCUCCCCACCACCUGCGUCACGAUGCCAUGGAUAAGGAAGUCUCCGUGCCAACUAAGAAGCUUGCCCUUGCUGGCUGGGAUGGGGCGCAUGGGAGGAAUUUCAGCAGGAGGGCUCCGUGGUCAGGCCUGGGUGUGAGAACUAUCCUCCCAGCUGCUUGGGGGACAGGGGUAGGAAAGCAGGGAGACCAUCCAGAGGCUCCUACCUAAUGCAGGGGAAAUGAGAUGGUGGUGGUGUUGAGGGAAGAGAGUCUGGGAUAGGACUGGUGACAGAUGGGGGAGAGGGGAAGGGAGUGAGGAGAGAAUGACCCCCCAGUUUCUGGCUCCAGUCACUGAGUGGUGCUUUUCAGGAGGUGGAGAAGCCCAGGGAGGAGCAGGGGCCGUGACCGCUCUUUGACACAUGGUGAGUGGGAGGAGACUGGGAGAAUGGAGGUGCCCCUCCCAGCACGGGGUUAAAGUCCCUUGCCACCUCCCUCCUGCCCUCCAUAUCCCUCUCCACAGACACAGGGCCUGCAGUUUCCCAGGCCCACCCUGGAGAGAAACUCUUGGCUGCUUCUCUGGGUCCCAUGGUGACCGCCUUUGGGAUCUCCUAGAGAGCAGCUCGCUUUGAGGCCUGGACCACAGUCCCAGGCCUCCCCAAAGAAGCCAUCUAGCCCUGAAGAUGACCCCCCAUCCUGUCCCCUGCCCACCAUCGACGGCAGCCAGGGCUCCAAGGGUGCCCCUUUGGCCACUGUUGGGAGCCCAGGAAGAUCUGGAGUCUUGGUCUGCAUCCCAGGCCUGCUGCGACCGUGGCCAAGUCACCUCACUUCUCUUAGCCUGGGGAUCCCCACCUUUCAGUGGGACAAAUGAAAACUCCUGAUCGCUAGCCUUAACACAUUAAUGUUUACCCUGCCACCCCACUCACACACUCACACACACACAGCAUGUGAAGCUGCCGUGUAGGUUGUGUAGGUGCUGAUGAGUCAUAGCAGUUAUGCUGCUAGCGUAAUUCACGAUGCCAGGUGCUCGCUUUGUCACGGUGCCUGGCCUCAUGAAGCUCUGGUCCCUCUGGAGAAUAGGAAGCCGGAGCUUUAGAGGCCCAGCUCACAGCUGGUUGAUUUGGGCCUUAUCCCUCUUUUUGACCCACCCGACCCUGGUGGGGGGAAGUCCCCAAAAGAAUCGGAUCUGGGGUGGAGCCAUGGCCUCAGAGCCCGCGUGAGCUCCUGAGAGCUGAGGCUGGGGCCGGGCCUGCAGUUUGAAGAGGGGCUGGACUGAGGGCUCCGAGCCAGGCCCACCUCAGGCUGCAAUGGUGGGAAGCUGGGAGGGCUGGGUAGGGGCAGCUAAGACCCUUCUCCUCACCUUGGAGCCUCUUGCCCCGAUGUGGCUGGGAACCCCGGGGAAGAAAAGGGGCUGCCAAGGCAGGAAACUGGCCCAGCCCAAUGCCCCUUCUUCGGCAAGGUCCUUCCCUGCCUUCCCCGGGCCACGCAGUGGAGAUAGAGCCAGCCCUGGGCUGCUCUUUCCUGGCUGUCCUCCCCCAGCCCCAGCCAUCCCUCAGUUCAUCUCCAUAAAAUAGGGGAAUAAGGCCUCUUUCAAAGGGUUGCCACAAUUUACAGAAACAGUGAACAUGGAACAUCUGGCAUAUUCCUGGCACAAUGCAAAGUUUGGAAAUAUCAAACACACGUGCACAGUGACCCUCCCUGAGCUCACAGGACAGCUUGACCCCUCCCAAAGCUCUGCACCUGGACACCGAAGCAAGUCCUCAGGUCACCUCAGUGCAGGCGAGGCCAAGCUUACCUGGGAAGACUCGAGACCAGACCAGCUCUAUCUUGUCCUCUCUGUGUGGCCUGGGGCAAGUGACCCACCUCUUGGGACCUCCACUUCUCAGCUGUGAAACGCACUUACCUUGCUUGGUGGAUGGUGAAGGGAUUAAACGGGAUGUGCCUAAAGUGAUCUGUGCAGCACCAGCACGUGAAAAGUCCUCAAAAACUGACGCACGAAGCUGACAACGGUGGUGACAGUGCCGGUGAUGAAUGAGUAAUCCUCUCCCUCACCCUUGCCCAUUCAACCCCUCCCCUCCCUCAGGGGAGAGGACACUCCCCAGGGCUGGAGAGUGGGGAGCCUUGGUGACACCCCUCACCUCACGUGCCUCCUGAGUAGCCCUGUCCCUUUGCUGCGGCCUUUAGCCUGCAAGCACAGUGGAGAGUGCCGCUGCCCUGUAGCUCCAGCCUCAACUGGUUUCUACCCAAAGCUCCUGCAGUGCUGUGCUGCCCCGUUCCCCUUUCACGCACCCCUGCCUGGGCAGGUGCCCCUGCGGGAACUGCCUGCUUCUCCACCUACGAGGAUUCCAGAUCUGCACCCUCAUCAGGCGUCCUCCAGCCCCCACGCCCAUAGCCACACUUGGGGGCCUCUCCAGCAGCACAUCUGAGCUCCCCCAGGUGUGGGAGGAAUCCCAGCCCCGCAGGCCGAGGCAGACACGCGCCCCCACCCCAGCUGUGGCCCCAGCUGAACGAGGUUCAGCAUUCAGCUCACGGCAAGGGUCAGGGAUCCUUCUGUGACAAGGAUCCAGGCAGUCUGUGACAAGGAUCAGAGUUUAUGUUGUACCUGGGGUCAGGUUCAGACCAUGGCAGGGGUAGGAAUGAGCCCAGGAAUGCCUGCUCUGCUUCUGUCAUCUGUGCAGGAGGGUCCCCUGGCAGCCCUGCAGGGGCUCCUCCCUGCCCCAGGUGCCCCGUGGUGCCCUGGGUGUCCAGGCAGCUGGAGUCUGACAGCACCGGGGCUGGGGGGAGCAGGCCUGAGUCCUCUGCCCUGUGCCAAGCACACAGACAGCCAGGUCUCCGUGGCCUACUCCAGGGACCAGCCCUGCUCCCAGCCUCAGCCUCCCUCCUCCCUGCCCCUGCCCCCGACCCAGGCCACAACGUGAGCCGCAGCUGCACCGAUGAAGGCUGGACACACCUGGAGCCCGGCCCCUACCCGAUUGCCUGUGGCUUGGAUGACAAGGCAUCAAAUUUGCAUGAGCAGCAGCAGAAAAUGUUCUACAGUUCUGUGAAGACCGGCUACACCAUUGGCUACAGCCUGUCCCUUGCCACCCUUCUGGUUGCCACAGCUAUCCUGAGCCUGUUCAGGAAGCUCCAUUGCACGCGGAACUACAUCCACAUGAACCUCUUCAUAUCCUUCAUCUUGAGGGCUGCCGCAGUCUUCAUCAAAGACUUGAUCCUCUACAACAGCGGGGAAUUGGACCACUGCUCUGGGGGCUCGGUGGGCUGUAAGGCGGCCAUGGUCUUCUUCCAGUACUGUGUCAUGGCCAACUUCUUCUGGCUGCUGGUGGAGGGCCUCUACCUGCACACCCUGCUUGCCGUCUCCUUCUUCUCCGAGAGGAAGUACUUCUGGGGGUACAUACUCAUCGGCUGGGGGGUGCCCAGCACAUUCACCAUGGUGUGGACCAUCACCAGGAUCCAUUUUGAGGAUUAUGGAUGCUGGGACACCAUCGACUCCCCAUUGUGGUGGAUCAUAAAGGGCCCCAUCCUCGCCUCCAUCUUGGUGAACUUCAUCUUGUUUAUUUGCAUCAUCCGAAUCCUGGUUCAGAAACUGCAGCCCCCAGAUAUCAGGAAGAGUGACAGCAGCCCAUACUCGAGACUGGCCAAGUCCACGCUCCUGCUGAUCCCCCUGUUUGGAGUGCACUACAUCAUGUUUGCCUUCUUCCCCGACAACUUUAAGACUGAAGCGAAAAUGGUCUUUGAGCUCAUCGUGGGGUCUUUCCAGGGUUUUGUGGUGGCCAUCCUCUACUGCUUCCUCAAUGGUGAGGUGCAGGCGGAGCUGCGACGGAAGUGGCGGCGCUGGCACCUGCAGGGUGUCCUAGGCUGGAGCCCCAAAUACCAGCACCCAUUGGGAGGCAGCAACGGCGCCACGUGCAGCACACAGGUGUCCAUGCUGACCCGCGUCAGCCCGGGCGCGCGCCGCUCCUCCAGUUUUCAGGCCGAAGUCUCCCUGGUCUGACCACCAGGAGCCCAGGGGCCCAAGGCGGCCCCUCCCGCCCCCUCUCACCCACCCCGGCCGGUGCUGGGGACUGAGGCCUUCCCCGGGCGCGGCCAGCCCCAGCCCUGGGCUCGGAGGCUGCCCCAACCCCCAGGGCAUCCGGACACUCCUGGAGAACGCGGCCCUCGCACCGGCCUCGUGCGUUUCUAGGCAAGUAGCAGAUCUGGGAGCCGGUCCCCUGGAGAAUGUGGGGUGGGACUUAGUCAUCAGACUCCUCCUCUAGAGGUCCCUCCUCCAAUCAAGGGCAAGAAAUCUGCAUACUUUCAUCCUGACUCCGCCCCUGGUAGCUCUUCUGCCCAAUCAGAGGAAAGCAACCGCUCACCCUCAAACAACGCUGUGAUCUGCGGGCAGAAAGGCCCUGCACCGGAGGGCCGCCACCACCACCAGCCCCGACAGUGCCUGAAGUUUCACCAUCGCUGCCAAGUUCCUGUGGGUUCAGCAUUGCCAUUCAGGCGUCUCUCUGAAGAUGCGGGUCUCUCCUCGGGUGCCCUCCUCUUAGCUACCAGCUUCUCAAGGUGAGUGAGUUAGUCUGUCUGCCCGGAGUUUUGGUUUGGGGAGCACGGCUACCUUUGUAGUCCCCCUGAAGUGGAGCGUCAGUCUGGUGGCUGGAACAAUGCAACCCACGGACUGAGGAACUCUGAGGCCUCCGGAAAGUGAGGAGACAGCAGCCAGCAAAUGCUGAGGUCUCGGAGUAAGCCUACCUGCUCUCCAAGCUCCAUCCGGCUUCAUCCGUCAAGUGCAAUCAGUGACACCAGUCAUACGCAUCCCACAGGCUGUGGAAGCAACAGGGAUCAAGAGCUGCCCUCCUUGGCUGCCCACCUAUGUGCCAACUAUUGUAACCGGGCUCAGAGACGUGCGCUCCUGGGCCCCUUCAUCCUCGAAUCAACCCAGCAAAGUGGGAAUUACUGUGCCUAUUUCAUGGAUCAGGAAACAGUCUCACAGAGAGCAGGUACCUCACCCCUGUCGCACAGACAGGAUUUGAACUCAGAUCUGGCUGAUGGAAAGGUGAAAGCACAGACUCUUAACUGCUACCUUUUGUAUACUGUAACCAGCUGGAUCCUCUUGGCUAUUUGUAUCACCACUCAUAUUGUUACUGCCAUUAUUCCUGAGUCCCUGUUCCCACCCUACCCUCCCUGGAGUGUGGCUGGGGUGUCCUUCAGCCCAUGUAUCAUCUGGACAAGAGUUAGUUCAUGGCAUCCUCUGUCUGCCCUUCACCCCUGUGGCCACACAGCUUCCUACCCACACCCCCACCAGAUGGUCCCCUCAGGACUGCACAGGCUUGUGCGACAAUAAAUACUGGCUUGGA